AUGACUCACAUUAACCUCAGCAUACAUGGCCAAGGAAUUAGUCCUUCUCUCCACCAAAUAAUCGAGGAGUUCAACGAUUCCCUGAACAAAAAGCCUAAUGUUGAUGUUCCUCCACUCGAAGAAGGAAUUGUGAGGAUCCCGUUUACCUUUAAAAUACAAGGCCAAAGUGAUGAUGCUACUCUAAAGAGAUUCGUCAGAAAGAUCAAGGCUUUGCUUGGCAAGGAAAUGGAAAUAAUGCAUUAUUCUGUGAGCAUGAAAGGCAAAAGCCUGGGCAACCAGGUCAUUCAUUUUACUGUCACUGUAGAUGGACAAGGGCCUGAUUCUUCUGUCAGGAAGUUAGUGGAAAAUGUCAAUGCAAUCCUUGAAGAAGAAGAAGACAAAAUGACUCACAUUAACCUCAGCAUACAAGGCCAAGGAAUUAGUCCUUCUCUCCACCAAAUAAUCGAGGAGUUCAAUGAUUCCCUGAACAAAAAGCCUAAUGUUGAUGCUCCUCCACUCGAAGAAGGAAUCCCAAGGAUACCGUUUACCUUUAAAAUACAAGGCCAAAGUGAUGAUGCUACUCUAAAGAGAUUCGUCAGAAAGAUCAAGGCUUUGCUUGGCAAGGAAAUGGAAAUAAUGGAUUAUUCUGUGAGCAUGAAAGUCAAAAGCCUGGGCAACCAGGUCAUUCCUUUUACUGUCACUGUAGAUGGAAAAGGGCCUGAUUCUUCUGUCAGGAAGUUAGUGGAAAAUGUCAAUGCAAUCCUUGAAGAAGAAGAAGACAAAAUGACUCACAUCAACCUCAGCAUACAAGGCCAAGGAAUUAGUCCUUCUCUCCACCAAAUAAUCGAGGAGUUCAAUGAUUCCCUGAACAAAAGCCUAAUGUUGAUGUUCCUCCACUCGAAGAAAGAAUCCCGAGGAUCCCGUUUACCUUUAAAAUACAAGGCCAAAGUGAUGAUGCUACUCUAA